AUGAAACGUGAGGUCUUUGGGGCAUCUUUUCGUCCAUCUUAUCAGGUCCGGAAGAAUCGUGCGCGUCCAGGCUCCUCUAACGCCCCGACUCCAUCUGUUCGACCAGGCAGCAAGCAAGAUGUCUCGCUCUGCUCUCCGGAUCUCAUCCUUUGUAUCAGUUCUGUCCGGAUCGUCAAGUUUACUUCGGACUCUUUUGCGUUCCAAAGCAAGAAGAUCACCCGGAGGAGUUCCCGCCAGGAAUUCGAUACUUUCAAGUUUCAGUUCGGAGUGAGAUGA